AUGGCGGAUCGAAUGCCGCCGAAUCGAAGAGAGACUCAGAAUGAUGGAAUACGAGACCUGGCAAUGCCGCCUCUGCAGUCGGUCCUCAUGAUUCUCCGAGAAUUGAAAGUCACCCUCUUCAUCUCCAAAGACAGACUUAUCGACUGUUGCCGAGAGAUAUACUUCGCCGUCGACAACUUCUCACUUCCUACAUUCUUGAUCGCCAACGCAACCCUUCGUUAUCUAUUUCAGGAAAAGGCCCAAGCGUCACAGGAUCCGUUAUCUCGUGAGGAAUAUCGCAAGCUGUCUCAGCUGUGUCGGGACAACCUCGAGACCGCAAUGAACAAGUUCAACGUUCUCGCUCCGCCUAGUCUAGAGAAAGUAGAGGCUUUUAUCUUGGGAGCCAUUUACGCCAUCGAAGUAUCGCAGCCAAUGGUUGCUUGGCAACUCGUAUCUGCUGCAGCAGGGACUUUUCAGACUCUUGGCUGGCAUCAACUUGUCCCUAAGAUGGAUAGCGCCACUGAUCGGAAAAUCGCUCUCUUCUGGUUUACUUACCUCCUUGACAAGGGUCUAUCUUUGCGGCUGGGUCGACCGGCUGUUAUACACGAUGACGAGAUUACGCUACCGGAAAGAUUUGACAAGGCAGACGUACCAGGCGGAUGGAGGGACUUGCUCACGCAAUGGAUACGCCAUUCUCGACUCGUUGGUAGGGCCUAUCAAGAUCUGUACAGUCCGUCUGCGCUUCGAAAAUCAGCCCAAGAACGUGGCGAGCGAGCAAGGAAUUUAAUGGCAUCACUGAAACGAAUCAUGGAUGACUCGUUGAUACCACUAGGGAAAGCACACCUGAUGGAACGCAACACUGUGGACUUUGGCUCAGCACUGAAUAGAAUGAUCAAGACAGUUCUGUAG